CCGUGGUUGCGGUUUCAGGUUGUUGUUGAUCUGGGUAUGAUGUCAUUUUGUCUUUCUUAGGGAGAUAUUGCACUAGCUGCCUUAGGUAUGACGUGGUCUAAAGAAGACUAGCGUUAGGGCUACGUCACAUGAUGCGACAUGCCCUGAUCACGCCUCGGUCUGAGCUUCCGCCAAUCAGAUCUCUAUCUCAUCAUCAACCUCCGUAUACUCCACUGACCUCCAUACCUCCAUCAGUACCUUCAACCACUUCCUAGGAAACCUAGGUAGGAGGAAUGAAGAUGAACCUCACCCCCAUCCACAUCCGCGGCCGGCGCAAACGACCCCCCCCAGACGAACGCCAAAUCCACCCACCCAUCAAACGCACCAGCGGCCGCCCACGCCUCACCCCCCAAGCCCUUCUCCACUCCUCCCAACAAAGCCAAUCCGCGCGCCGUCGCGCAGGACAAGACCAAAGCCAACAACACGGCAGGAAGCGCAAGAAGCUACACUACCACUCCCACCUGGAGUCCCUCCCCGUCGAGCUCCUCGAGCGCAUCUUUCUCUAUGCGCUGAAUCUGCAGUUGCCGCGCGCGUCGCCUGCGCUGGGCGCGGCGCUGUCGCGGGAGGGUGUUUACCGUGCUUUGAUAUUGAGGGCGUUUUGGGAUGAUCAUUAUGAUGGUAAUGAUGGUGAAGGGGUGGAGGGCACGGGUGCGUGGAUGUCUAUAUCCAGGAUGUUCCGCCCGAUGGAUGCCCCCCCGGUGUUGAGCUAUGAGGAGCGCAGCGCGCUGCAGGUGGGUGUGCUGCGGUGUCGCUGGUGUACGGUGCCGAGGGUGAUGGCGCAGGUGCCUGCGUUGACGAGUCUGGUGGUGUUGCGUCGGUGGGUUGGGGCCGGGGUGCGCAUGGAGAAAGCGCAGGAGGAGGAGCUGGAGAGGGCGAUGGCGGGGGUGUCGGGGCGGACUGUCUUCGAGGGUUAUAUUCCUGCUGCUGUUGAUUCCCAUGGUGGAAAUACUGCAGAGACGGAAGGAUCCGCAACGCACUACACCAUGACCAUCACUCCCAAAGUCUCCAUCCGCAUCGACUGCCCCGAGACAGCCUCCCAAACACUUCACCACCCCACACACCCAAUUCCUCGAACUCCUCCGCCUCGCCAACAACCACACGCACUCCUCCCCAACCCAACCCAACCCAACCCCCAAAAACCCAUCACCCUCUCCCGCACCGCCCUCCAAGAAGGCAUCCACGCCGCAAUAACCCAACGCAACCACCCCCUCCUCCUCACCCUCCUCAAACUCGACGAACACCACCACCGCACCUCCACCCCCGGCCCCUACACCCUCCCGCCCUCCCACUUCCACACCGCAGCAAACCUGCACCCCGCAGACCCAACAACCUUCCAGCUUCUCCUGCGCACAAGCGCCGAAUCCCUCCCCGCGGAUGAUUCAGCCAUCACCCAGUGGGCUAUGCACCAGGGUGGGCCGCUGGGGCGCUGGGUGCUGGACCUCAUGACAGCCAUGCCGCAGUUGGCGGACGCCGCGCUGGCGAAUCCCGCCCGUGAUGCGGUUUUCUACAUGGGGAGGGCAAACGAGGGGGUGGAGUUGGCGAGACGGUAUGUGAGGGAGGUGGUGGGGGUGGAGGGGUUGGAGAAUUGGAUGGGGGAGGGGGAGGUUGAUUUGUAG